AAACGCAGGAGGCGUACAGCGAGGUUUCCGCUUCUCAGUUGGGCUCGGACCGCGGCUCGCGAAAAAAGCACCGUGUGUAACGUACGAGGUUGACGCACCAAGGUAAGAAGUAAAAGCAAGAAGAAAGAGAACCGAGCGAGCAGGGGGAAAAAAAAGAUGUCUGAACCCAAGUACCGCGAGUGGAUCCUGGACACUAUCGACUCGCUGCGGUCGCGAAAAGCCCGGCCGGACUUGGAGAGGAUUUGCCGAAUGGUCCGGAGACGACACGGGUCCGAGCCCGACCGAACCUGCGCAGAACUGGAGAAACUGAUCCAGGAACAAACCGUGCUCAAAGUUAACUACAAGGGCUCUAUCUCGUACCGGAACGCCGCCAAGGUUCAGCGGAGAAGCAGAAAAAAAGACGAUGUAACGUUAACGACGGCUGCGAGAAGGAGCGCGGUGGAAGAAGCCAGUCACUCUGACUUAAGCAACGGGGACAGCGCUUUCGGUCCCGUGGACCAGGACGAGGAGGAUUUGGAGGCUGACACCUCUAUGGCAAUAGACACAGACAGCAAUGCAGACGAAGAGGGGGCCGACGAGAGCCGGGACGGGCAGGACGGACCCUCUCCUGGCCGCCCAUAUGAAGAUGCUGCCGUGCACUGUGCCUCUGUGCGAGCCGCCUCUGCCCCCUGCUCCCCCUCUGGCACUCGGCCUGGCCCCGGCCCCGUCUGCAGCCCUGGCUCAGGUCUGGACUGUGCCUCUUUCCAGAAGGCUGGUGUGAGGCCCAGCUCCUUGCCCCCCUCCAGCCCCAGGGCCCUCACACACAAUGACUGGGCCUAUCAUUCUGCUGUCUGCCCAGCAGAGCGCCAGCACCCAGGAAUGCAGAGAGACAAAGCAGCAGCCACGAAGCCAGCAACCCCGUCUCCAGCCACCAGUCCCUGCGCUUUGAAGAACAACGUGAAGAAAGAAGAUGGAGGCAAGGCGGUGGAUAGUGGCCUUUCAUCUGACCAGUUAGUGCCAGACUAUGCAGCGGGGCCGGAUGAGACCAAGAAUGUAUCCGAUGGGAGACCACAGGCACUGUCUUUGCCAUCUGACAACUGUACAUUAAAGAACAAGAUAGACAUAUCCUCCUUCACAGCAGCCGAGGACAGCCUUCUGAACGGUGGCAAAGUUGAUGAAGUCUCUGUGAAGAAGGAGACCAUGAGCCAGAACUUAAUGCAGUGGACUGUAGCAGAUGUGGCCAGUUACUUCUCAGCUGCAGGCUUUCCAGAGCAGGCUGUGGCGUUUCGAACACAGGAAAUUGAUGGGAAGUCCCUUCUCCUAAUGCAGCGCAGCGACGUGUUGACUGGCUUGUCCAUUCGACUCGGCCCUGCCCUCAAAAUCUACGAGCGCCAUGUGAAGGUGCUGCAGAGGACCCACUUCCUGGAAUACGAAGACCUCUGAAGUGGUAAUAAUUCACAUGACAGACAGACAGACAAUGCUGCAUCGACCCAAACGUGCAUGCAGUGCCCUCUCUCCCAUCUAGAUCCUUCCACCCACCUUCAUAUACAGAAUAUGUAGAGGGUGAGUGGGGGGGCGGCGAUGGCUGCGGUGGAAUCAACUUUCACUGUGAGAAUGACCAGAAACUGAAAGACAGUCAUCCUACCUCUCAUUAUGGUCUUUGGUUUUCAAAUGGUUCUCAUUUCACCCACGUGGCCGUUCGAUUGCGUCAUUAAGGGAACAGACUGGUAUGUUCGGAGUGUGUUUUAAAGUGGAUGGCAAGAGGAAAAGAUGGAUGAUGCAGCCAUUGAAUGGACUGAGCCUUCCACCUAGUGGACCACCUGUGGGCGACUGUACCCACGGACACAUGACUGCGUAGUGCUGCGAGCAAAGAGUUUGGG